UCACACCCUAAUCUUGAGGUACAAAACCAUCUCCCCUAACUCGUUGGGACCAGGAGUUCUUGACCCUUUACUACUUCCUGGUGGGCGCAAAAAAAGAGUCCUUGUAAUGGCCAAAACACUGCUGCUGGUGGCUGUGCUGAUGGCACUGUCAGGAACUCACUCCAUGCCACUGGACCAAAACAAAGAUUCUGGCUUAGACGAAGAUUAUGGUCUCAGAGAGGGGCCAGAACGAGCCAACGGGAAGGCAAAAGGACAUGCGCAGGGAAACGGACAGGGGAAUGGACCAGCAAAUGGGCAGGGAGUAGGGAAGGGAAAAGGGGAGGCAGUCGGACUGGUUAACGGAAAUGGGCAAGGUAACGCAUAUGGGCUGGGUAAUUUGCGAGGACUGGAACCAGAACGAGCCAACGGGAAAGCAAAAGGACAUGCGCAGGGAAAUGGACCGGCAAAUGGACAGGGAGUAGGAAAGGGAAACGGGGUGGCAGUCGGACUGGUAAACGGAAAUGGGCAAGGUAACGCAUAUGGGCUGGGUAAUUUGCGAGGACUGGAACCAGAACGAGCCAACGGGAAGGCAAAAGGACAUGCGCAGGGAAAUGGACAGGGGAAUGGACCGGCAAAUGGACAGGGAGUAGGAAAGGGAAACGGGGUGGCAGUCGGACUGGUAAACGGAAAUGGGCAAGGUAACGCAUAUGGGCUGGGUAAUUUGCGAGGACUGGAACCAGAACGAGCCAACGGGAAGGCAAAAGGACAUGCGCAGGGAAAUGGACAGGGGAAUGGACCGGCAAAUGGACAGGGAGUAGGGAAGGGAAACGGGGAGGCAGUCGGAUUGGUAAACGGAAAUGGGCAAGGUAACGCAUAUGGGCUGGGUAAUUUGCGAGGACUGGAACCAGAACGAGCCAACGGGAAGGCAAAAGGACAUGCGCAGGGAAAUGGACAGGGGAAUGGACCGGCAAAUGGACAGGGAGUAGGGAAAGGAAACGGGGAGGCAGUCGGACUGGUAAAUGGAAAUGGGCAAGGUAACGCAUAUGGGCUGGAUUUUGGGCGAGGACUGGGAUUGGAGCUGGUCGAGGAAUAAGGAGAACAACAAGAGCAGAGAUUUGGACAGAAGCCCGGAGAAGGAUAGGGCAUCUGAUGGAAUCGUCUGCAGUGCGUGAUGCUCUCAGCAGGUGACAACACGCUGGGUCCUUGACAGAGAACAACACAUCGAUGGUACGAAACCAUUCAGAAUAUAGCAAUGUGGUCAGCCCACAAGCUUUAAUUUGCUACUUUCUUUCACUUUCAUUUC